CCCUUUUGUGUGUUUUGUUAUAUUUUAUUGUUUUUCUAUCUUAUACUUUAGCUGUUUGUUGUUGAUGUUUUUCUGCAUUUCUUGUCAAGUACGGCUGGAUAUAUCUUGUCGUCUCUAGUCCAUGCUUGACGGAGGCAUACAUAAGGUUCAAGCGCAAUCUUAUCCAAGCCACAUAUCAAAGCGCAAUUGACAACCAGACGGCACUUGUGUACUCAUCUACUAAUCGAGUCAUCUAUAUCACUCUUUUGUAAUGUGGAUGAUGUUUGCUCCCACGUGACAGAUCUAGACUCGCUGAUCCGCGGGGAAGAUCGCUUGCUUGCUCUGCAUCCCUUUGAUUUUUACACCUUCUCUCGCGGUCUUCAGAAAACAGAUUCCUCCAAUGUGUUCGAUGAACUUGCCAUCCGCACCCCUGUCGCAUCCAUGGACAAACUCCCGGUAGAAAUCCUCUCCAAAAUCAUCGACUAUCUCAACCCCCGAGAGCAGGUACAGCUCCAAUCCGUUAAUAAGCGACUCUUCGGUCUCGCGCGCGACAACAAUCGCUGGCGACUCCACUGCUAUGAAGCCUCAUGGACCGCAACCCAGGCCGCCCGGCCGGCGGGACGGACCCCCGAAAGCCUCGUCUCGAACACCACACCGCUGAGCUCCCUCGGCCAGACCUCCCUGCGCUCCCUCAUCCAGCCGCAUAUGGCCGGCGUCGACGAGGUCGCCUCCUCUCCGUCCUUCAGCGAACGCACCAGAGCCGCCGUGGAGUGGGAUCCCUCCGUGGAAGGCGAAGACAGGGACUGGUACUCGGAAUACAUCGCGCGCAAUGGGCCCCUCUCGUUCAGCUGGCUGCAGCAGCCUUUCUCGCGGAGUAGUAGCAGAAAGGACUUUCGCGAGGUUAAAGGCAUGGCGCUGCUGCGCGAUUGGAGCUCUGCGAGGGAGAACAAGGUCGUCGCCCCGCUGGAUGAUGGCAGUGUGUGCAUCUGGGACCUCAACCAUUCGCAUUCGAUCGGCUCCCAGGCGACGAAAGGCAGGGUCCUCGGUGUUAGUGCGCCGGGCAUCUUGAUGGCUGAUUUGUCCGGACGCGCGGGGAAACAAUCCCCUUCGCAGCGGUUUAUCAAUCUCGGAGAGACCAUGAGCGUCGAUUCGAUCCGUCGUCGCGCGUACAUGGCCGUUGGCAACGUCCUCAACGAGGUCGACCUUGAAACCCUCAAGGUCGUGUCCCAGCAGCGCUACGUCUGGUCCAUCUCGGCCCUGUCUCAGGAAACGGACUACUCCGCGCCCCUGACGCUGGCCACCACGCUCGAAGUGCACAUCUAUGACGCGAGGAUGUCCGCCACCGAAGAAGAAGAGGCCAUCCAUCUGCGCUGCGAAGAGCCCGUCACCCCGCUCGUCCCCGAAUCCACCAUCUACUCCCCACCGGACUCCCCCCUCCUCCAACUCCAGCCCGACGGGCGCCCACCCCAGCCCCAGCCCGCUCUCCCUCCUGCACCCCCCGCCCCCUACGUGAACUCCAUCUUCCUCGCCGGCCGCUUCCCCAGCAUCCUGCAGUACGACCGCCGCUUCUUCCCCCGCCUGCAAAGCACCGUCCACUCCGGCGGCAGCCUCUGCGGCCUGACCUCUGUCCCGGCACCCCAGUUCCCCGUCUCCUCCGGCGGGCCGUACCCCUCGUCGCACAGUGUCGUCGCCUGCGGGGAGUACAAAGGCCGCGGCUCUCUCGAGCUGUACAACCUCGCACCUUCGCCCUUCCCAUCUCCCUCCUCACCCAGCCCAUCCGACUGGUCCUCGCACCUCUCCCCAGCCUACCAAAACCGCCAAAGCGCCGCCCGCUCAAAGGUCCUCUCCGUCGAGUCCCACGGCUCGCGCAUCGCCUUCUCCGACGGAGACGGCAACAUCAAAUGGGUCGAGCGCAACGGCCGCUCUGAAAUCCGCCGCUUCAACCUAGCAUCUGCGCCUCCCCACCAAGCCUCUCACUCCCACAUCUCCGACAACGAUGGAUCCAGCAGCAGCAGCGGCGGCGGCGGCAUCUGGACAUCCCACUCCGCCCCCGGCGACGUCGCGCAGAAAAUCCUCUCCACAGGCGGAAACCUCACCGGCGACGAGCUGCUCAUCUGGACGGGCGAGCGCCUCGGCCGUAUUCGCUUUUCCGCGCCGUCGAAAACCCCCCCUUAUCCUUCUGUCGAAGACGAGGCCAGCGACAGCGACAGCGACAACAGUAUGGACGUUAAUAUGGACCCCCUCGCGCGCGAAGAAGCCCGCAAGCGGAAGCAUGAGUACGCGCGUCGCGAGAGGGAUUAUUCGCGGGCGAUGAGGCGCGCGCUGGAAAGGCAGGCGGAUGAGGUGAGGAGGAUGCAGGGGUUGGGUCUUUAAUAUAUCUCUUCGGCUUUUCUAUCUCUCUUUUUUUCUUGGGUUUGAUGUUUUGUUGUGAUGUUUGGGGUAUAGUAUGUAUUUUUGGGAGAUUGUUGUUUCUGGCGUGUUUGGUUUGGUUUAUACUUGCAUUGGGUGGUGUUUAUUUGGUUGGAGAGUUUAUACUAUACUACAGCAUACUAGGUAGAUAG